CGCGCUGUAAUAGUAGCAGCUGAUCCGCGAAGCGGAGUGGUUUGAUGUGUGUGACUAACGUUCAGUAUAUAAAUAGACUUGUUAAUUUAAAAACUAGUAAUUCAAAUAACAUUUUAAUUUUAUCAAACAUUAAAAAUCUUUUAAUAAUUUAUCUUGAUAGUUCAGUUAUUUAUUAAUUUUUUUUCAACAUAAAAAAAAAAAAUAUAAACAUCAACACAAGUGUAAACAUCAAUAAAUUUUUUUUCUAAGGAAGUGAAAGGAAUCUAAUCUCGUAUUGGAGUUCACAUCGUGACCGCAACACAAGGAUAUUCUAUUCCGAUUGGCUGGAACUUAAACUAGGAAAACUCCCAUGGUGAGAUGAGCCAGAAUGACCGAUAAUUCGAAUUAAUCUACGAUAAUCUCGUGACAUGAAAACCAUUUGAAAGUGUGGCUGGAUUAAUAUAGACUGAUAUGUCACUACUACUAACUCGUGGAGCCCGCAAGGGUUCUAUUCUCUGUUUUUGCGCUCUUAUUUUUCUAUUUGCACUCUACGAACUUGGAAUUAUAUGCGGUAGUACUAAAGAUCAGUCUUCCGCCAUGAUGAUACCAAAAGAGAAAUAUAUCGUUGGAAGUUUAGAUAAAAAAUCAUAUAUGUAUGAUCGAAACAUGCCAUUAAUAUUUAUUGGUGGAGUUCCAAGAUCAGGGACAACUUUAAUGCGAGCAAUGUUAGAUGCCCAUCCAGAUGUAAGAUGUGGACAAGAAACACGAGUAAUACCUCGAAUACUUCAGAUGAGAUCUCACUGGUUAAAAUCCGAACGUGAAAACGUUCGUCUAGUUGAAGCCGGUAUUUCUAAAGAGGUAAUGGAUAGUGCUAUUGCAGCGUUUUGUCUUGAAGUUAUUGCACGACACGGAGAACCAGCACCGCGACUAUGCAAUAAAGAUCCUCUGACAUUAAAAAUGGGCUCUUAUAUGCUUGAGUUAUUUCCAAAUGCUAAAUUUUUGUUUAUGGUCCGUGAUGGCCGUGCAACCGUUCAUUCAAUUAUAUCCAGAAAGGUAACGAUAACUGGAUUCGAUUUAUCAUCGUAUAGACAGUGUCUCACGCGAUGGAAUCACGCGAUAUCAUUGAUGUAUGAUCAAUGCAAAGAGGUGGGUCCAAGUCGAUGUCUGAUGGUACCUUAUGAACAACUUGUACUCCAUCCACGUGAUUGGAUGAAAAAAAUACUCAAUUUUCUUGAUGUACCCUGGAAUGAAUCUGUUCUACAUCAUGAAGAAUUUAUAAAUAAACCUGGUGGUGUUCCACUUUCAAAAGUUGAGCGUUCUUCUGAUCAAGUUAUAAAACCCGUGAAUCUUGAAGCUUUGACUAAGUGGGUCGGACACAUUCCAGACGAUGUUGUCAGAGACAUGCCAGACGUAGCUCCAAUGCUUUCAAAGCUUGGAUAUAAUCCCUAUGAAAAUCCUCCUGUUUAUGGAGCACCCGAUAGUCUUGUUAGCGAUAAUACAAGAAGAGUACUUGCUAAUAAUGAAAUUUGGGAAGCUAAAGUGAAACAAUUUGCUCUGGAACAACGUGGACCUGUGCCCAUGAUUACUGACGACGAUGUAACUUCUACGAUAUCAAAUGAAGCGUGACAAAUAAAAUUUUUGUUAGCUGUUUAAAUGUUAAAUAAAAGAAAUUAACGAAAUUCCAAUAAUUAAUUUGCUAUUUAUAUUUCAAAGAUUAUUAUUUUUUAAUUAAAUCCAAAUAAAUAAUUACAAUAAUAAGUAAAAAAAAAAAAAAAUAUUUACAUAAAUAUAAAUAAAUAAAAAAAAAUUUAUAUACUUCUAUUGUUAAAUUUCUCUCCAGAUCUGAAAGAUCCUGCACUGAUAAUAUAUAUUAUUUUUUUAUAG